UCCCGGUGCCGCCUCCAUCUGGGUCUCCGCCUCCAGGACCUGCGGUCGCGGAGAGGUCCAGAGCGCGGCUUCCCCGCAGGCAGCGUGAUGGGUUGCGGGAACUCCACUGCCACCAGCGCGGGCACGGGCCGAGGUCCAACAGGAGCAGUUAAAGAUGUAACAGAAGACUCGAUAACAGAAGACGAGAAGAGGAGAAACUAUGGAGGAGUGUAUGUUGGCCUGCCCUCUGAAGCCGCCAGUAUGGUGUCUGGUCAAGCAAAGACUGUACGAAAAAGGGAUGAUGCGAUGGGUGGACACUCCAGAAGCUUGCUCAUGAAUUUGGAAGGAAUUUGGCUCCAGGGACAUUGUAUGUACACAGAUAUCAUCAAACAAAUCCUGAAUGGUCUGUGCCACCUCCCCCCAAUCCUAACUGUGUCGUUAAAGCCAUGAGUCUACACCAAAUUGUGAUCAUAGAAGGAAAUGGGUGAGACUCUGUGUCAUCCACCAGUGAAAACCAUAAAGGCUGUUGCUGCCCGGCCUGGGCCAUCAGGCUCUGUACCAUAGCAUUCCCAUCCUGGCCUUUCAACACAUUUCACGAAGUCAUGUCUUUUCACUGAUACUCUUUUGAUAGUUUUUAUAUAACACAGUCCUUAUUGUAUUUAUAACACGGUAUUUGGGCCAUGUAAAGGGGUGACCUGAACUGAUACAUUGCCUCUUGUCCUUUGAUGUUUCUACUUCAUUAUUUUUUAGCUGUAAAGUUGGUAAAUCGAUUCUUACAACUAUCUCCCUUUUUUACUAGCUGAUUUAAGGUUUUUAUUUAAAUGUCAGAGGAUUCCCUUUGUUUAAGAACACUUCAGUACUUGAAAAUGAACUCGUCAAGUUUGCAUGCUGUGCCCACGUGUGGAUUGCGGUCCUAUUUUCUUCAAUCAAAGCUUAUGUAAUUGUAACAUUCUGCAGCUGUCCAAUUGCCUCUUCUCCCCUCGUGGAAUCGAAGGAUGUCACUGUGCAAACUCCGAACUGUCUCUUAGGACUUGUGGUUGAUGUUUAGUGGGAUAUCUGGAAAGUUCUUAAUUUGCUAACAACGUGUAUACCUACUUAUGACUGCAGGCUAAGCGACUCAGUUUACCAGUGUAUUUCAACAAUUAAAUAUUUUUAUUCCUCUUUA